GGAUCGCUCUGCCGCGGCUCUGACAUCCACAUGCUGCUCGGCCUGAAAAGGCGAGGGGGGAGCCGGAGGGGAGACAGAGGAGGCGAGCGAGGCACCAGCCCGCAGCCCGCCCCCGGCACAUCCUCAGAAGCACAGACACUCAGCCCGGCGCUGGGCGAGGUGGAGGUGAGGGCGGGCGCCAGCGAACUCGGAGAGCCGCUCGCACACUCGCGGGCGAUCCCAGCAGCCGCCGCACCCGCAGCAGCACCAGCAGCACCGGCCGCAGCAGCUUCCUGCCUCGCACUCUCCUCCAGAGACUGGCCAAGCGGGUGUAGCCGCCGGGGGAGGCUCCCGCUUAGGGGAACCCAGAGAGGACAAGAGCCGGGCGCCUGACUGCCUUCCACUCCGCCUGUCCAGCGGUCCGUGCCUCUGCCCGCGUGUGUGUCCCGGGUGCCGGGGGACCUGUGUCAGUUUGCGCUUCUGAGAUCACACAGCUGCCUAGGGGCCGUGUGAUGCCCAGGGCGAUUGUUGGUUUUGAUUUUUAUUAUUAUUACUAUUAUUUUGCGCUUAGCUUUCGGGAAACCCUCGUGAUGUUGUAGGAUAAAGGAAAUGACACUUUGAGGAACUGGAGAGAACACACGCGUUUGGGUUUGAAGAGGAAACCGGUCUCCGCUUCCCCAGCUUGCUCCCUCUUUGCUGAUUUCAGGAGCUAUCUCCUAGUAAGGUGGAGAUAUUCCAGCAAGAAUAAAGGUGAAGACAGACAGACCGACCGCCAGGACCCAGGAGGAAAACGCUGAUAGUUAGAGACCUUUACAGAAGACACCACAAGGAAAAAAAUUAGAGAGGAAAAACACAAAGACAUAAUUAUACGAGAUCCCACAAACCUAGCCCCGGAGAGAGCCUCUCUGUCAAAAAUGGAUAUGUUUCCUCUUACCUGGGUUUUCUUAGCUCUGUACUUUUCAGGACACAAAGUGAGAAGCCAGCAAGAUGCACCCUGUGGAGGUCGGCUGAAUUCCAAAGAUGCUGGCUAUAUCACUUCCCCAGGUUACCCCCAGGACUAUCCCUCCCACCAAAACUGUGAGUGGGUUGUCUACGCCCCUGAACCCAACCAGAAGAUUGUCCUCAACUUCAACCCUCACUUUGAAAUCGAGAAACAUGAUUGCAAGUAUGACUUCAUUGAGAUUCGGGAUGGGGACAGUGAGUCAGCCGACCUCCUGGGCAAGCACUGUGGGAACAUUGCCCCGCCCACCAUCAUCUCCUCUGGCUCUGUGUUAUACAUCAAGUUCACCUCAGACUAUGCCCGGCAGGGGGCAGGUUUCUCCCUACGCUAUGAGAUCUUCAAAACAGGCUCUGAAGAUUGUUCCAAGAACUUUACAAGCCCCAAUGGGACCAUUGAAUCUCCAGGGUUUCCAGAGAAGUAUCCACAUAAUCUGGACUGUACCUUCACCAUCCUGGCCAAACCUAGGAUGGAGAUCAUCCUACAGUUCCUGACCUUUGACCUGGAGCAUGACCCUCUUCAAGUGGGGGAAGGAGACUGUAAAUAUGACUGGUUGGACAUCUGGGAUGGCAUUCCCCACGUGGGGCCUCUGAUUGGCAAGUACUGUGGGACGAAAACACCCUCCAAACUCCGCUCCUCCACCGGGAUCCUCUCCUUGACCUUUCACACGGACAUGGCAGUGGCCAAGGAUGGCUUCUCCGCACGUUACUAUUUGGUCCACCAGGAGCCGCCCGAGAACUUUCAGUGCAAUGUCCCUCUGGGAAUGGAGUCUGGCCGGAUCGCUAACGAACAGAUCAGUGCCUCAUCCACUUUCUCUGAUGGGAGAUGGACUCCUCAGCAGAGCCGGCUCCAUGGUGAUGACAACGGCUGGACACCCAACUUGGAUUCCAACAAAGAGUAUCUCCAGGUGGACCUCCGUUUCCUAACCAUGCUCACAGCCAUUGCAACACAGGGAGCCAUUUCCAGGGAGACCCAGAAAGGCUACUAUGUCAAAUCAUACAAGCUGGAGGUCAGCACAAACGGUGAAGAUUGGAUGGUCUACCGGCAUGGCAAAAACCACAAGAUAUUCCAGGCUAACAAUGAUGCGACCGAGGUGGUUCUGAACAAGCUCCACACGCCGCUGCUGACUCGGUUCAUCAGGAUCCGCCCGCAGACGUGGCAUUUGGGCAUUGCCCUUCGACUGGAGCUCUUUGGCUGCCGGGUCACAGAUGCACCCUGCUCCAGCAUGUUGGGGAUGCUCUCGGGCCUCAUUGCUGAUACCCAGAUCUCUGCCUCCUCCACCCGAGAGUACCUCUGGAGCCCCAGUGCUGCCCGCCUGGUUAGCAGCCGCUCUGGAUGGUUCCCUCGGAACCCUCAAGCCCAGCCAGGUGAAGAAUGGCUUCAGGUGGACCUGGGGACACCCAAGACAGUGAAAGGUGUCAUCAUCCAGGGAGCCCGUGGAGGAGACAGCAUCACUGCGGUGGAAGCCAGGGCGUUUGUACGCAAGUUCAAAGUCUCCUACAGCCUAAAUGGCAAGGACUGGGAAUAUAUCCAGGACUCUAGGACUCAGCAAGCAAAGCUGUUCGAAGGGAACAUGCACUAUGACACUCCUGACAUCCGAAGGUUCGAUCCAGUUCCAGCACAGUAUGUGCGGGUGUACCCAGAGAGAUGGUCACCAGCAGGCAUUGGGAUGAGGCUGGAGGUCCUGGGCUGUGACUGGACAGACUCAAAGCCCACUGUGGAGACGCUGGGACCCACCAUAAAGAGUGAAGAGACUACCACCCCAUAUCCCAUGGAUGAGGAUGCCACCGAGUGUGGAGAAAACUGCAGUUUUGAGGAUGACAAAGAUUUGCAACUUCCUUCAGGAUUCAACUGCAACUUUGAUUUUCCUGAAGAGUCCUGUGGUUGGAUGUACGACCAUGCCAAGUGGCUCCGGAGCACCUGGAUCAGCAGCGCUAACCCCAAUGACAGAACGUUUCCAGACGACAAGAACUUCUUGAAACUACAAAGUGAUGGCCGACGAGAGGGCCAGUAUGCACGGCUCAUCAGCCCACCAGUGCACCUGCCCCGAAGCCCUGUGUGCAUGGAGUUCCAGUACCAAGCCAUGGGCGGCCAUGGGGUGGCACUGCAGGUGGUUCGGGAAGCCAGCCAGGAAAGCAAACUCCUUUGGGUCAUCCGUGAGGACCAGGGCAGCGAGUGGAAGCAUGGACGUAUUAUCCUGCCCAGCUAUGACAUGGAGUAUCAGAUCGUGUUCGAGGGAGUGAUCGGGAAGGGGCGAUCGGGAGAGAUUUCCAUCGAUGACAUUCGGAUAAGCACUGACGUCCCACUGGAGAACUGCAUGGAACCCAUCUCAGCUUUUGCAGGUGAGGAUUUUAAAGGGGGCACCCUCCCGCCAGGGACCGAGCCCACAGUGGACACGGUGCCUGUGCAGCCCAUCCCAGCCUACUGGUAUUACGUUAUGGCGGCCGGGGGCGCCGUGCUGGUGCUGGUCUCCGUCAUCCUGGCCCUGGUGCUCCACUACCACCGGUUCCGCUAUGCGGCCAAGAAGACAGAUCACUCCAUCACCUACAAAACCUCCCACUACACCAACGGGGCUCCUCUGGCGGUCGAACCCACCCUAACCAUUAAGCUAGAGCAAGAGCGGGGCUCGCACUGCUGAGGGCCGAAGCAGGAACAGCGCCCAAAAACCAAGAAAGACUGCAAACACGUUGCCUCGAUUUUGCACUUUUUUUCUCCUCACCUAGUCUCUGCGUGAACCCUCAGACAUCUCUCUCCAGGGUCCCCAACCCUGAGCGCCCUUAUGUACCCCACACCAUUCUCUGUGGUUCUUGGUUCCUGUUUCUCUUUACUCUGAUAUUGUUUGUUUUUAUCAUUAUUUUUUCCCUUUUCUUCUUUCCUUUUUAAACUCUCUUUUAUUCUCCUAUCUCCUUUUUUUUUCUAAUGAUUUUAAACCCAAUUCUAAUGCUGCAUCUGGAAUCCCAGAAGAGACCCGCCCCCUAAGCACUUCACAACCCAAGGCUCUGUUGGUUUUGUUCCAGAGACAGGCCCUGUUGUUUUCUCCCCUUGCCUUAUCCCAUCCCUCCUCUCCUGGGCAGGCUGCCAGGUGUCUUGAGGGGAGCCUGGUCCUGUAUGUAUGUACACAGUACACUCCCAUGUGAAGAGGUGUGUGUGUGUGUGUGUGUGUGUGUGUGUGUGUGUGUGUGUGUAUUGGAUUUGUGAGGGAGAGACUGAUUCACUGUGGAGGGGGGGAGUGUGUGGGUGUGUGUAGAGAGGGGCCCCUUCCCUCUUGUGUUACUUCUUCUGGGGUACUUUUCAAGAAAAUAAUAUACUGUACACAUUUUGUUUACUUGGAGAAGAGAUUGGAGCUUUUUUGUUGCCUUAUCUAGCUCUGGCUGGGUUUCUGUUGGCUGUCAUUGUCAUCUCCAGGUACCUAGAGAAAUAGAGACCAUUCGGAAUACAAUGUGGCUGCAUCCCCAUCCUUAUCCCCAUCCCAAGCCACCUGACCCAAGACUAUGGUUCCUCCAGUGCACUCAGACAUGACCCUUUUUGUUAUGUUUCCCAAUGUCUUUGAAGUCACAAGAUAACAGCCAUUGGGUGCAUGGAGUCAUCUCUACUUCCAGCCCUGAAGCAAAUGCGUUUCAUGUUGCCUUAUAAAAAGAAAAAAAAAAGGAAAAAAAAAGAAGAGGAAUAAAAAGUU